UUUACUUGAAAUUAACUGGUAAUUAACUUGUGAUUCCUGUUCUCUUGAUACAUGCUUCUGUACAACUCGAUACCCUUCCUCAUUCUGAUUUUAUGUCUAUGAGAUAUGCCCUCUGCUGAUUGCUCUGAUGUACAUGUAUAGUUAAAGUUGUACUUGCUACUUAUUUGCUAUAUAUUUUAUUGUAUCUAUUCAGUGGUAGAAACCGAUACAUCUGUUGCCAGGUAAUAUAUUGCCUCUGCUACAUUGUAUUUUCUCUAUGAACUCUCAUUAACUUACAGCAUUUAGUCAGCAGGAGAGACCAAUACAUUGUUUGCCUGAUAGAUUAUUAUGUAACUUUUUAUGUCUUUACACUGUGUCUGAACUAAUUCAAUGUCUUACCUCUAUUAGUUUCUCUGGGACUCUGAGCUGUAGGCAUAGGACCUGCCUCAGUAACCCUGCCUAUUGUAAAUGACCCCUUACCACCACUAUUUGUGUCCCCAUGUUAUGUUCCACCACCAUAUUAUCAUAACCUCAAGUUUGACUUUAUUAUAACCAUAAUAUUGUUGUCCUCUCUGAAAUCCAACACGGUAACGGCAUAUCUAGGAAGGCGGUACUGACGUAUGGGUCCCCCAUGUAAGGAUGCGGAUCACUUGAUCGUACGAGCUAACCAGCUGUCCAAUGAAAUCGAUGGUUGUAUAACCCACACUCUAAGGACCUCUAUUUACAAGAAAUAAAAACCAUUUUAAAAGGGUGGAGUCCUUAUCAUCUCCUAUAAAAGACUGAACAAGUGAUCUGACUCAUUGCUGUGAAGCAAGGAAAGAGGAACACUGUGUGGAAUCAAACCGUAGCUGUAAAGUAACAUUUGCAACAUUCUUCUUUCUGACAGGUAACAAUGGCUGAAAACAUGGAAGGAAGACCUUCCAAUCAAGAUGAUUGGCGCGCUACAGGAAAAUCUUACAAUGAAACUAUCCAAAAUAUCAAUGAAGAAUAUCUAACCAGCUAUCCCAGUAGCUCUGGCAUAUGUUUUGUACACACAGCCAUGAAAGAUCCAGGUUAUUGGGACUAUACAGUUACAGAGUACGUGAACCAAGAUGCACCUCUGUCUGUAGCCAUCACUUUCAUUGAUGAACAUGGGGAAACCUAUAGACUGUGUUCUCAAAGGGACGGAAGUCUUGGAUUUAUGGUAACAAUGGCUGAAAACAUGGAAGGAAGACCUUCCAAUCAAGAUGAUUGGCGCGCUACAGGAAAAUCUUACAAUGAAACUAUCCAAAAUAUCAAUGAAGAAUAUCUAACCAGCUAUCCCAGUAGCUCUGGCAUAUGUUUUGUACACACAGCCAUGAAAGAUCCAGGUUAUUGGGACUAUACAGUUACAGAGUACGUGAACCAAGACGCACCUCUGUCUGUAGCUAUCACUUUCAUUGAUGAACAUGGGGAAACCUAUAGACUGUGUUCUCAAAGGGACGGAAGUCUUGGAUUUAUGACAGGAAAGCUGCCUGAGAAAAUUGAGGGUACAGAGUGUUCCUUUUUAUUUUUCAAAAAAAAAUUUGCUGUUGGGGAUGAUUCAUACUCGUUUCAAUGCGCGGAUGGUCGUGGAAAAUACUUAUCCUACAAUGAGCACAAUCAAGUUAUCUUGAAGGAUGCACCUAAUGUCAGAACUGAUGAAACCUGUAAGAUGACUGUUACAGAUGUGUAAACACUCAUAAUUAAAGGGGUGUUCACUUUUAAGUUAA